AUGGAAACUAAAAAUACAACAGAGUGGAAAGAGUUUGUUCUCACGGGACUCACAUAUCAACGAGAGUGGCAAAUUCCCUUGUUCCUGGUGUUCUUGGUUAUAUAUCUCAUCACCAUUUUGGGAAACCUUGGUCUGAUUGUUCUCAUCUGCAAUGACCCUCACCUUCACAUUCCCAUGUACUUAUUUCUUGGGAGUCUGGCAUAUGUGGAUGCUUGGAUAUCAUCUACAGUAUCCCCCAAGAUGUUGGUCAACUUCUUUGUCAAGAAUAAGAUGAUCUCUCUCUCUGAAUGCACGAUACAAUUUUUUUCCUUUACAGUUGGUGCAACCACAGAAUGUUUUCCGCUGGCAACAAUGGCAUAUGAUCUUGUGGCUGUAUGCAAGCCUUUACUUUAUCCAGUAAUUGUGACUUACAGACUCUCCAUGCAGCUGUUGAUUUCAUCAUUUGUAGGUGGACUUUUUCAUGCCAUAAUUCGUAUAGGCUUUUUAUUCAGAUUAACUUACUGUAACACUAACAUAAUACAUCACUUUUACUGUGACAUCAUGCCAUUAUUUAAAAUUUCUUGUGCUAAUCCUUCUCUUAAUAUUCUCAUAGUAUUUAUUUUUUCUGGGUCAAUUCAGAUGCUCACCAUUCUGAUUGUUCUUGUCUCUUACACAUUAAUUCUUUCAAUGAUCUUAAAAAAGAAGUCUCUGCAAGGCAUAAGGAAAGCCUUCUCCACCUGUGGAGCCCAUCUCUUAUCUGUCUCUCUGUACUACGGUCCCCUUCUCUUCAUUUAUAUGCAUCCUGGAUCUGCACAGGCAGAUGAUCAAGAUAUGAUAGACUCUCUAUUUUACACCAUAAUAAUUCCUUUCUUAAAUCCAAUGAUCUACAGCCUGAGAAAUAAGAAAGUCAUAGAUUCACUGAGAAAAAUGUUAAAGAGAAAUGCUUAG